AUGGCUCAUCUUCCUGCAGAUGUUAUUCAGUGCAUACAAUCUCUUCUCACUGCAAAAGAAGCUGCUCGAACCACUCUCCUAUCCAAGUCAUGGUACGGCGCGUGGGCCACAACUCCCAAUCUCAGUUUCGAUGAAUACGAGUUGCGAGAAAGGUUGCCGCAGUUGGCGAAGAAGACGUUGCAGAGGUAUGAACAUCUCAAUCUAAACAUCCAAAGUUUCAGUCUACAGAUGUAUGGAGAACAUUCUCUGGCUAGAGAAUUGAUUUCGAAAGCGAUGGAAUUGGGGGCUACCGAUCUCAAGAUUCUUGUUGAGGACAACAAUACUGUGUCGUUUGUUUUACCAGAUAAGGUGGUUGAAUCCCAAACCCUAACUCGAUUAUCUGUUUUUGGCUGCACAGUUGAACUCGGGAGGAGGAAGAAGAAAGAGGUAAUACCUUGUUUCACUCUUAAAUCCCUUCAUCUAUCCUAUGUGACUGUAAAUGGUGAUUUCUUUAAUGAUUUGAGUUGGAGAUUCCCACUGAUUGAGGAAUUCACAUUGAAAAAACCGAAGAGCUUGCCUGGAACACAGCUUGCGCUUGAUGUUGGUGCGAUGAUGAAACUGCAUAAGCUCGAGUAUUUGCGAAUGGAGGGUUUGGAUAUUAAAGAUAGCUUCUCUAAGCAUGACUUGUGGCCUCAACUUCGUUACCUCAAAGAAUUGGUGGUUCAGAAUUUCCAGUUUAGUAAGUACUGGAACGACAUAAGAAUUUGCAGCCAGUCGCUUGAGCGCAUAGUCAUACUCUUACAUUGGCAUGGAAACGUGAAUGCGGAGUUUGAUGUUCCAAAUAUUCGAUACCUUAAGUUGGGAUGUGCUGGUUUCCCGCGUCUCAAGUUUGAAACAACAAUGAUGAGUAGGGAAUGGGUGUCGGAUAUAGAGAUAAGUUGGUGGGACGACUGCAAUUUCUUCUAUAAGUUGAAGCAAUUUGUGAAAGUGGUGAGCUGCGUAUCUCGUGUUUCUCUGCAUAUAGCGAUGAUGAGGGGAUAUAAUUGGGCAGAAGGAUAUGUGGGAGAUGAUGGUUUGGGUGUAGCUGCGCUGGAGAACUUGACGCUGGAGAAUAUUGGAGUCACCUCAGCUUUUGUGGAUGACUUAUUGCGGUGUUGUCGCCCCAACUUCAUAUACCUUCCCAGAUGGGAAGUGAAUGUGGAAGCGCUGCAACAGCUGGGGCGUCUGCCAUGGAAGACCAACACAUUCACAUCACUAAAUCCUUGGGACUUCCUCUUUGCCAUUCGAGAGGGGAAGACGUUAUCAGAUACACAAUAUGUUCGCUUUCAACUCAGAUGA